GAAAGUGGAGAAAAGGCGGUUUCCCUUUUUCUUAUUUCGUUGUGAAAGUGGAGAAAAGGAGAAUGAGUAAAUCAGUAUAUCGCAAAUGUGUUCUACCGAUUUACGGAAACGAAACACAGCAUAAAAAGACGUUAUUCAGUUUUCAUUUUAAACAUGAAUAAUGAAUUGCACUUCAUGCACGGACCCUUAUACGACUGUUGCAUUGAAUACAUUGUAUACACUGAAAUAAAAUAAAAGUAAUACUUGGGAAUGUUAAUUCUAGGCACACACACUUGUUGCUAUGUGGUUAGCGCCCUUGGUUACCAUGUCUCCCAUGAUGCAUCACUUCGAAGACGCUUUAAGAUAGCUUAGAACCAUUAGAGUCAGCAAGCGUUGAUAGAAGGUAAAUACAGGCUGUACUGACUAUAGCCCUUAAAAAGGUAUCUCGAUUUUCUGUUUUUGGUUGAUUUUAAUUUAAGUGGAACAACAUUGUCAAGCGAAUUUAAGCCGAUGUACAACAAAAGCAUGGAGAAGGAUCAGAAGAAUUCCAUAAUCUUCAAUGCUUCAAAAAGAGAACUUUUCACCACAAACAAUGGAUACAAAUCAGCACAGAAGAGACUAAGGGCUCAAUGGAAAAUUCAAAAUAUGAAAGAAGAGUUGUCUGUGGAAAGGUUAAAGGGUGUGAAAAUGUGGAUUACUGCGGGACCAAGGGAGAAGUUCACAGUUUCAGAGUUAGACAUACUAAAGCAGUACCUGGACGAAGGAGGAAACAUUCUGGUCAUGCUUGGUGAAGGAGGAGAAAUCAAACAUGAUACCAAUAUCAACUUUCUUCUGGAGGAGUUAGGAGUGAUGGUUAACAAUGAUUCUGUUGUGCGGAAUGUUUAUUAUAAAUAUUUCCACCCAAAGGAGGCACUUGUCUCCAAUGGUGUAUUAAACAGAGAAAUCAGUCGAGCUGCAGGGAAAGUGGUCACAGGAAUCACUGAAAAUGUUGGAAACAAUGCACAGGCCUUGACAUUUGUAUACCCAUAUGGUGCCACACUUAGUGUGAUGAAGCCUGCUGUGGCUGUUCUUUCAACUGGCUCAGUCUGCUUCCCACUUAACAGACCUGUUAUGGCCUUUUAUCACAGGAAAGGUUAGAGACACAUUGAAAAAGGCAAAUUGGUUGUGCUGGGAUCCUGCCACAUGUUCAGUGACCAGUACAUAGACAAAGAGGAGAACAGUAAAAUCAUGGAUGUUGUGCUCCAGUGGCUCUUGACAGAUACCAUUCAGCUGAAUCAGAUUGAUGCUAAAGACCCAGAGAUAACAGAUUACACCAUGUUGCCUGACACAGGAUGCUUGUCUGAACAGCUGAGAGUGUGCUUGCAAGAAGGGGAUGAAACCCCCAGGGAUUUCACAUCUCUCUUUGAUAUGUCUUUGUUUACUUUGUCUACUGACACAUUACUGCAAGUCAUCAGCACCUUCAACCAGCUUAAUGUCAAGAAUGAGCCACUUCAGCUGAUUGCACCACAGUUUGAGACCCCUCUGCCCCAGCUCCAACCCUCAGUCUUUCAACCUGCCUUAAGUGAUCUGCCUCCACCCAUGCUGGAUCUGUUUGACCUAGAUGAAACCUUUUCAUCUGAGAAAGUGCGCCUAGCUCAGCUCACCAAUAAAUGUACGGAUGAUGAUCUUGAAUUCUAUGUUCGGAAAUGUGGAGAGAUUCUAGGGGUGACACCAAAGCUGGAUAAAGAGCAGAGGGAUGCAAAGCACAUCUUAGAACACAUUUUUUCCCAAGUUGUAGAAUUCAAAAAACUUAAUCAGGAAGCAUGCUAGUGACAAAGCAGCACAAGUCACUGAAUUCAAGCAUUGUCAUCAGUUAAGGCUGCCAUUGAUCUGCGCCCCGCAACCAAGACUACUCUGCAGUAAUUGAGCUUAAGAUCAAUACAUUUCAUACCUUAAUGCCUUUUGUUGAAAAAAAGAAAAUACUGCAAGAUACAAACAAAUAAAAGGCAGAUACGUUUAUUUAAGGUCAAUUUCUGUCAUCUUAUUAAAAGAAAAAAAAAAUCUUGUUUAAAUUGAACAUGUCUUCAGUUGGCUCUUGACAUGGAUCCUGUAACACAAAAAGAAAAUGUUUUUCUCCAGAGCACACAUUAAGAGAUUGUUAACUAAACUGAGAAACUUACAUUUUAACGAAUCCAGUGCCAUCAGGGACAAACCUCAGCUAGAAAUGUUUUGACUCAGGUUUUGGACUUUGUGUUGACUCCACAGCGCUCGACUCAGUGUAAGGUUUGGGGCUGUUUUCUGAAUUAAUUAAAGACACAUCCCAAGACAUCUGGCAUACACACAGGUCAAAACAAGCAGGCUUUUUUUGCUUUUGAAGAAGCAUAUAUGGAGUAGAUGACUUUCCCAGUAAUGGAAUGGUCAGUGGACAAUUGUUUGUCUCUUGAGUAUUCAAGCUGUUUGUUGAAAACACUUGAGGGGAAGUAAGGGCAUCCGAUGACAAGCAGAGAGAAGCCAGAAUUGAUACCCGGUCAUUAGAUUCAUCAGCUAAUGUGUCACUUGACGUUCUACAUGUAGACAGAUGUUCCAGAGACAAAGCAGACAGCAAACUCUGUUCCCCAAAAAACUUCCUGUCAAGCUCUGAUGGAGAUGAGGAAUCAAAGCCUUUUGUAUCUAGGAGGUUAAACAUUAGAUGAAAUAUUAGAUGUCAUUUGCAAUUUUACUAAUAUGAAUGUUUAAAUUAAACUUUUCACUUUA